UGUUUUAGUCAAUAGUUUUGCGUUAGGUUUAUUGACAAAUGCACUGGGUUGUUACUUUAUGUAGGUAAUUAUAUAUAGAUAAAAUAUACCUAGAGACUUGAUGAAAUUGACAUUUGUGUUGUUAGUUUAAUGAUUGACAGAAAAAGGACAUCAACUGUGGAUUUGAAAUUGACAAUUUGUUUCGGAACAUUGGAAUUAAAUAGAACAAUAGGAUAACCGAUAUUUGUGAAUCGUUUGUAACAAAAUAACCCGGUUAUACAAAUUGUUGAAUAAUUUAAGGAAUUCGUCUAUGUCGAAAAUUAUUAGGGUUUUUCCUUACCAAAAUUCCGAACUAUAUAGAAUGGUCGGAGAAGGCUGGUAGUUACAUGGAACAUAUAAAUUAGUAAGAUUGUAAUCAGCUUACUUUAUGGAAAUUAGAUUAGACAGCAUGGUGUAAAUUUAGCUCAAACAAUACCAUUUCAAAAACUGUGAAAAACAGUCGCUGUGAUAAACUUUGUCGAUUUUAUUUUAUUUGUAAGAUGACUUCAUUAUAUGCCGAGAUCUCAGCACGUUUAGAAUCUCCGAGACCAAACGGGUUCAAACGAGAUCUAACAACCAAACCACCAAAUGGAUUACGAAAAGGUAUGACAAUACGACCAACAAAUGAUCAGUUGUCUUUGAUAGAAACGCACAACAACGAAGCCAUUAGAGCUGGUAAAUGUGCAUAUUUAUCAGAUGGCGGAGAGGAUUCGGAUAAUGAUGAUGGACAGUAUCGUCGGGGAUCAAUAGAUUUAUCACUUUACUCAUCCGAUUCAUCGUCAGAAGAUGAAAAUUAUCGAAGAAAUACGUUAAAAUACGAACACUACGAUCCCGAUAUGUUUGAACAAAACGAAAUAUACGACGAUAGAAACGACGAGAGUGACGAUUGCAAUUUUGGUAAGUCGACGAAACGGCACAUAAUGCGUGAAAUACUUCAUAAUGGUGUGGAAAUACGGCCUAAUAUAAUUGACGAUUUCGGAGGCUGGGAUGCCACAUUUACAGUGAAAAACUCAAAACCAUCGAGAUCGAAUUUUCGACGAUAUACUAAAAUUCCCCGAACGCCAUCAUCGGCAUUUCCUCGACCAACUACCGACACAAAGGACUCAACUUUUUUAUUUAAACAUUAUGAUGACAUUUCCGAGUAUAUCAAACAAUACAGAAAAGAAGAGGCGAUUAAAGACAAUCGUUUAAAGAAGGAGGGAGAAGAGGCCAUGUUGGUUCCUGAUCCAUAUGCUGCAAAAUUAAAGGGUAAUAUUUGUUCCAUAGCCGAAAACUGCGAUUUCCUUACAGUCUAUGCAAGUAGUACCAAAGAAAAGGCAGACAAAAUGAAAGAAAAAGAAUCAAAUAAAGAAAAACAGCAGAGCAUAAUAUUGCCGAGACCUCGACCAUCAUCUCUUGUUUACUGUCCCUCACAUGAUUCGGAUGAAGACGGCCCAGUCAUAGUUACAUCAUUGAAAAGAACGGAUUCGUCUUUAUCUGUCAAAGAAAAGUCAAAUGAACGUGAAUUUUCAGCAGAAAAACAAAACCUCAGACAGCAGCCAAGACCAUAUAGUGAUCAUCCUUUUGUUGUACGAACUCUUUCCGUUAAAGAUCGACGAAAGAUGCUCAACCUGGCUCCUGUCCGCAAUCAGGAAACUUCAGAGGGAUUUAGAAAAUUUAAAACGGUUCAUCCUAACCUCUCACUUGCACAUUAUUUAAAUUUAGUUGUGCCACAUAGGCAAAGCCGUUCUAGCAGCAACUCAACAGCACAUAGUUUAAGUAUAACAAGUGAAAAGGAAGAAAAAGACACAAAGCCUGCUUUACAUAAAAAGAAUAUACAGUUAAAUCUUGAAGGACCAUGUGAUCCUUGGACACCUAAGUUUGAAAUGAAACGUAGUUCAAGCAGAGGUGCUAUUAAUCUUCCCAGGCAUUCUGUUCAUAGUGCAGGGCAUUCACGGAAACGAUCAACUUCUACUCCCGAUUCAUUAGGUGCGAAACAGUGGCCUAACCGAUCAGAGCUAACUUUAUCUCGCGCAAACACGUAUCAUGACAACAUUGACAAUGAACUGUCAGUGAAUGUUUUGUCUUCCAGUCGAACAAACCCUCCAAACGUACAACGAGUGUAUGGUCAGCGAUUUAGAUGUUGUGAACGUAUUCAUGCUUUGAUAAAUAAUGAAGAUUUAGAUAAAAAGUCUAAAGAUAGACACAUAAAAUUGUCAGUUGAUAAUAUGAAAUGUGACAAAACUAAUCCUGUGUCUUUCGGCUCGUUUGGAAUCCGGAAAGGCAUGUCAAGGGAAGAUAAUUCAGUUUCAUUAUCGUGUAUGUAUAAGCUUAAACGAGAUAGGCAACGUCGAUUUAACAUUUCGUUGGUGAAAUAGAAAGACAAAUUGAUUAAGAUCAACAUACCAGAGUUAGAAAAUAAUCAUUUGUCGUUCACUCAUUGACGUUUUACAGAAACAUAUAUUAAAAUAUUUAUUGAUA